AUGACGGCCAGCACAGGUGCCGCAGCGCAGCCAAGGCGUUCAGCCCUGAAAUCAGACGGCGACAGCGACAAGAUCCCCCAAACGGGGGCGGUCAAAGCUGUUCAGAUUGCCGAGCCAGAACCGUCCUCUCCUGACGAGACGCAGGUCAAGAAGCAGUUCUCUGCUGGCGUUGCCAAGAGACUGAGCGGGCGCCCACCCCUCUCGACUGCGUCGUCGCGGUCCUCGACCGUGGGUCAGGUGAGCUACGAUGGCGCCGCUGAUUCCCCAGCUUCGACUGCACCAGUCUUGGCGGAGGACGCCCAUGGCCAUCCUCACCCACACCAUCGCCAUAAGAUAGAUAUGAUCACCGAGAGGUUCAUGGCCCAGGUGGCCGACUGGGUUGAGCGCGAAAAGACCAAAAGAGAGCGCCGGAAGUCCCGGAAACGCAAGUUGCAGUGGAAGUCCUCCCCGACCGAUGUCGCUGCCGGAAUCUCAGAACCUGGCCGGCCCCGCGCAAACUCGCUCGAUUCAGAUUCGAGCGAAGUUUCCCUGGACAGGCUUGAAGCGAUUAUCAACGAGAACAUGGCUGCCAUGGGGCUGAGCUCGAUUCCGCAACACAGCCCCCGUUUGACGCGAAAGAAUCGGAAGCGGUCGAGCAAGAACCUCAGGACAGCAUCAUCCGACACUGAAUGGUUCGACGGCGACAUCGUUGUUCCGAGUUGCGAUGCCUUCCUAGACAAUUCCAAGACCCUGGGAUACUCGGGUGGCAAGGCGGCUGGUGACGACACGGUAUCAGUCGCAAGUAGCCGCAAGGAAGAGAAGGAAAAGCAGGCAUGGAUCACGUUCAAGAACGAGAUCAUCCGCAUCGCACACACUUUGAAACUCAAGGGUUGGAGGCGUGUUCCCCUCGAUGGCGGCGAGACUAUCUCGGUUGAGCGUCUGAGCGGUGCGCUGACGAACGCUGUUUACGUUGUCUCGCCCCCCUCGGAAGCAGUGCUACCACCACAGGAAGGCAAGAAGCAGCCAAGCAAGGUGCUGCUAAGAGUAUAUGGUCCCCAGGUGGAACACCUAAUCGAUAGAGAGCACGAGCUGGAGGUGUUGCGACGGCUCGCUCGUAAAAAAAUCGGCCCACGACUACUGGGAACCUUCCUCAACGGCAGGUUUGAGCAGUAUCUAAACGCCACUGCUCUGACGUCGGACAGCAUGCGGGAACCCGAGACAUCGAAGCAGAUCGCCAAGCGUAUGAGGGAACUGCAUGACGGUGUUGAGCUCCUUGACGAAGAGAGGGUUCAAGGCCCCAAUGUGUGGAGGAACUGGGACAAGUGGCUGGGCCAAGUCGAGAAGACGGUUCUCUAUCUUGAUGAGCAGGUCAAGGCAUAUGCGAUGGCAAAUGGUUCGUUUGCUAAGCCCUCAUCCGCAUGGAAGGCCCGUGGAUUCGUUUGCGGCGUCGAGUGGCCCAAGUUCAAAGCACUGGUCGAGAAGUAUCGCCGCUAUCUCGAAAACUAUUACGGCAAUGCUGAGAAUAUCCGCCGAAAGCUCGUAUUCGCUCACAACGAUGCACAAUAUGGUAAUAUCCUUCGCGUUCGGCCAGACAACCAAAAGUCGCCCCUUCUUCGGCCAGCCAACGAGCAUAAGCAGCUGGUAGUAAUCGAUUUUGAAUAUGCAGGUGCGAACCUGCCGGGUUGCGAGUUUGCCAACCAUUUCUCUGAAUGGACCUACAACUACCACGACCCAGUUCGUCCACAUGCAUGCAACACAUCACGCUAUCCGACUCCAGAGCAGCAGCUCCGUUUCAUUCGGGCCUAUGUCGACCACCAUCCGCAGGUGUCCGUUACGUCCCCUGCAUCGCCCGUACCGGCCUCUGCAACACCAAUUACGUCGGCGAGCUUAGCUUCAGACUUUGACCUCGAUUCCCGUAUGAAUCCAUCAGGCAGCUGGCGCGAAGAAGAGCAGCGUAAGGAGGAAGAGACGGAGGCUAAAGUUAGAGAAUUGAUGGAGGAAACACGGCUGUGGCGGACGGCCAACAGCGCGCAAUGGGUUGCGUGGGGCAUCGUGCAGGCCAAAGUCCCGGGUGUCAACACCAGGUGCAGCACAAAUGGCCGUGCAGGCAGCGAUGGAGAGGCCGGCGAGAGUUCGGAGGAAGAGGCAGAUUCUGACGAGUUUGACUACCUCGGCUAUGCACAGGAGAGGGCAUUCUUCUUCCUUGGGGAUUGUGUUCUUCUGGGACUCGUGACUCUCGAUGAGCUUGGCGAGGAUGUUAAGGGUAGGGUCAAGAUGGUGAAUUACUGA